UUACGUGGCACUAGCAGCUAGCUCCCCGGCUGCCUCCAGCGGUGACGCCUCUUUCACAGCGAGGCCCAGACUCCGCAGCAAGGUUCCCGGCCUGUGCUCGCUCGGCCCCCGCCUCUGGUAGACAUGUUCACGGUAUCAGAACUCGUCGCCCUGCUCGCCUUCUGCUCCGCCACGGCCUCGGGUUACUUUGUAAGCAUCGACGCUCACGCGGAAGAAUGCUACUACGAGCAUGUCACGUCCGGGACCAAGAUGGGCCUGAUCUUCGAAGUGGCGGAGGGGGGGUUCCUGGACAUCGACGUGGAGAUUACUGGUCCUGACAAUAAAGGAAUUCAUAAAGGAGACCGGGAAUCCAGCGGAAAGUACACCUUUGCCGCACACAUGGAUGGAACGUACAAGUUUUGCUUCAGUAACAGAAUGUCAACUAUGACUCCCAAGAUAGUGAUGUUCACUAUUGACAUUGGAGAAGCCCCGAAGGGCCAGGACAUGGAGACGGAAGGUGGUGGAGAUACUUGGGAUGCACACCAGAACAAGCUGGAAGAGAUGAUCAAUGAACUUGCAGUGGCCAUGACAGCUGUGAAACACGAGCAGGAAUACAUGGAAGUGCGGGAAAGAAUACACAGAUCAAUUAAUGACAACACGAACAGCAGGGUGGUGCUUUGGUCAUUUUUUGAAGCCCUUGUACUGGUUGCUAUGACUCUGGGACAAAUCUACUAUCUGAAGAGAUUUUUUGAAGUCCGACGAGUUGUUUAGGAAGCUGUGGGGAUUUUCUUUUUGCCCAAAAUAAUGAUCCCAAUUUUAUCCCCAGAUUCCCCCCUUGUUAACUUGGCCAGACCAACUUUAAAAUUUAAUUUUGCCAUUUUUGUUUUGGAAAUGCUGGUUGUAGCACAAUGAAACGUCCUGCUGCAUUUAUUACCUUCAGGAAAGUCCUCUUGACAUCAAACUGAAGUGACAUUUUUUGGGAGAUCCUAGGGUGCGGUCUGGGUAGUGCUACCCAUCCGGAUUGGAAGUACAUCUAGUUACAUUUUUCUUACCACUUUACAGUUGCAAUUUUUUUAAAUAAAGACUAAGAGCCAAAGGUAUUCAUAAGUUUAAAAAAAGGCUCAAAAUAAGCCACAGAAACUUAACCUGUAAUAUCAAUUCCAGACAAAUGUAAUUCUCUGAAUUCCUAGAAUUGUUGUGCUUUGUCCUGUGUAUUUUCUAAUUCAUUACCUAGCAAGUUCUGCCUGCUGGAGAGCCUGACACUUUGUAUAAAGAUUGCUCAGCAAUGCUGAUUUUUAGUAACAAAUUCAGUGUCUGUAUGGUAAUCGUCACACAUAUUGGUGUAGAUUUAUGAAAACAGGAGCCGAUGAAAAGUGGAGCAACCAAUGGAAGGGGUUGUCCAGGACUCCAGAAGCAUCACCACACUUGUCCCUUAUCCAUGGUUGUGUGUUGGUAUUGUGUCUCAGCCCUAUUCACUUCAGUGGAGCUCACCUGCAAUACCAGCCACAACCCAUGGACAUGUGUGGCGCUGUUUUUGGAAGAAUUUGUCUUCUAUCUUCCUAGUCCUGGCACCCGAUUUAGUUGCUUUCUUAGAUCAUUACCAGCUGUAUUCGAGACUUCUGUUAGUUCUGUGCUCUGCCCUGUAGUGGUUUAAUCGCUUCUUGUCAUCACCUGCUAUGCAAAGAAGGUAAUUUUAACAUUUCUCUUUGUUUGCUUAGUGUACAGGAAAAAAAAUGCAUUUAGACGUUUGACAUAUAUAAAGCUUUUCAUGCUUAGUUUCCCAAUCUUCUCUUCUUUCCAGAGUAUAAGACCUUUUGGUAAGUGAAACGUAGCCUUUUUAGUAGUCUUCAUCCAUUAGUGAAUAGUCUGGUGGGGGUCUUGUUGUAAGAUUAUUUUAAUGAUGGUUGACUACCCAACAAUAAAGACCAUUGACAUUAAUAUG